GAAAAUAUCAGCGCAGCUUGCAAACGGUUACAAGUCCCACCACGUUGUAUUCUGCAUGUUUAAUGCCACUAGGUGGAGCUCUCACAGACAAACAGUGACUGAGGCAGCAUCAUAGUCCAGAAAUCCCACCUGAUGGAGCCACACUCAGAGAGCUGAUUCAAGCUUCCUUCAGUCAUGGCGGAGGAACCCGCAGCAGAAAUCCAGUUACUCAGAAGGCAGAAGACAAAGCUCAUAGAAAUUCUGAGUGCGGAUGCUGACUUCGUACUGCAGCACGCGGAUGCUGGCUGCUUGCUCUCUCUUCACGGCUACCAGCAGGUGAAAUCUUGUCGUGUUCCGAGUAAAAAGGUGACGGAACUUUUGGAUCUUAUCAUUCAAAGAGGUCCCGAUGCAGCACGAGGAUUGCUGCAACUCCUGAAGGGCCAGGCUAUGCAGGAAACCUUCCCAAUGCUUUGUUUUAUUAACGAUCUGCAGCUCAACACACUGUCUUCAGAAAUACCAGGAAAUAGACAACAAGGUGAUGAGUUAAAGGAAAUAAUCCCAGCAAAAAAAAUCUGCAAAAAGGGCCCCAGCUUAGUGAACGAGAAGCAGCUGAUGACUGUGGCUCGUGCUAUUGGCAGAUCUUGGAGGGAGAUCGGCCGAAUGGCUCUAAACAUCUCGUCUGUGAAGCUGGAGCAGAUCGAAGAGGAUCAUUCGCCGCAUGUGGAGCGAGUGUUCGCCAUGCUGCGUUACUGGCGAACGUGCCAGAGGGAGGAAGCCACUGCUGCUCACCUGCACUCCCUCCUCAGUCAGGACGACUGGGCGCUGCCGCCCGAAAGCAUCGACUGUCUGUUGGAGACCGACUGAGGCCUUCGCUGUCUGAGACUGAAAAUUCUCACCAGGAAUUAUUGUUUCUCACCAUAAAGACUCAUUUUAUAUCAGGAGAGAAACAGCACUGAGAUUUUACAACUUGAUGAAAUUACCCCACAGUGGGGUAACAUUUCCACCGCUGAGCAAGAGACCUUUGUUCACCUUAAACCUUUUAUAUGAUGGUGCAGCUGUCAUAGAGAAAUAGUAAAUGAUUUAUUUUAUUCUAUUUCUUUUUAAGAGGUGCUGUUAAGAGUGACUGUGGUGUUAUUUUUAUUCUCCUUUUAGAAAUUACACACACAAUGAAGCAGCGCUCAGUUCAUUGUAGUGUGUUCAGGGCAUUUAAGGAGGCAAAUAAAAUCAUAUUUCUCUCUU